AUGGGUCUUCUUUCACUUUUGUCAUGUUUCUCUAAACCUGAGGCAGGGGUAAACAGAUUACUCGUGACAACAACCUUCAACAUCAUGGGAGAACAUUGCCACCACUUUUCACUUGCAGAGAUACAGUCAUCACUAACGAAUGUUAAGGAAUCUUUGGUGAUUGGAGAAGAUUCAUUCGGAGUAGUGUACAAGGGUUUUCUGAACAAAGGUGCUACCACUGUUGCAAUAAAGUGUUUCAACAAAGGUUCUCUUUCUGGUCUCUCAGAAUCACAGUUGAAGAACGAGGUUCUCUUCCUUUGUCAACUCCACCACCCCAACAUCAUGCCUGUAAUUGGAUUUUGCAUUGAAAGAUUCCCCCAUCUGAUUCUUGUACAUGAAUACAUGUUUAACGGUUCCCUCAAUGAUCACCUUCAUCUUACAAAUAAUCACAAAUUUGUUCCACUUUCGUGGGAAAGGAGGCUUCGAAUUUGCAUUGGUGUGGCACGUGGAUUGCACUAUCUGCACACAGGAGGCAAGUGUUCUGUGAUACAUAAUUUUUUCAAAACACAGUACAUCCUUUUGGAUCAAAACUGGGAACCUAAAAUUUCUGGUUUAUUGUUGUCAAAAAGGGGAUCCGUUGAUGUUGCAAGUUCAUUUCUUGUUGCGAGAAACCAUGAUACUUUCGCAUAUUGUGAUCCUGAGUAUGCAGCCUCUGGUAUCUUGACUGUGAAAUCAAAUGUGUUUUCAUUUGGUGUGGUUCUGUUGGAAGUUGUGAGUGCAAAGCAAGCGCGAGAUUUGUACUUGGAACGUGUGAAGAACCCGAAUUAUUCAGUGGAGUUACAUGCAGAAAAAAUAGUUGAUCCGUUUAUUAAGUCCAAAAUUGCUCCAGAUUGUUGGAAAACGUUCAUUGAUAUCACUGAGAGGUGCUUGCAUAAACAAGGAACGGAACGACCAAACAUGGGCGAAGUGGAGAUACAACUUGAGCUUGCGCUUCAAUUGCAGGAGAAAGCAGAAACCUAG